GUAGCUGAGCAGGCUUGAGUGGUCCUGUGAGACGAGCUCCCUGUCUUGCCGCUGAUGCUGUGAAGCGCGUUCAGGCAAGCUCCGAAGUUGUGAUAUGGAUGCAGUGACCUAUGAUGAUGUGCAUGUGAACUUGACUCGAGAAGAAUGGGCUUUGCUGGACCCUUCACAGAAGCGUCUCUACAAAGAUGUGAUGUUGGAGACCUACAAGAACCUCACUGCUAUAGGCUACAAUUGGGAAUACCAUAACAUUGAAGAACAUUGUCAAAGUUCUAGAAGACAUGGAAGGCAUGAAAGAAGUCAUACUGGAGAGAAACCCUCUGAAUACACUCAAUGUGGUAAAGCCUUUGCGUGUUACAGUUAUCCUCAAAGGCAUGAAAGAAUUCAUACUAGAGAGAAAUCCUAUGAAGGUAUUCAGUAUGAUGAAGCCUUGGUAUAUCACAGUAACCUCCAAACACAUAAAAGAACACAUCCUAAAGAGAAACCCUACAAAUGCAAUCAAUGUGAUAAAGCCUAUUCACAAUAUAGUCAUCUCCAAAGACAUAAAAGAAAACACACUGGAGCGAAACCUUAUGAAUGUAAGCAAUGUGGUAAAGCCUUUGCAUACCAUUCUGAACUUCAGAGUCAUGAAAGAAUUCAUACUGGAGAGAAACCCUACAAAUGUAAUCAAUGUGAUAAAGCCUUUGCACAUCAUUGUAAUCUUCGAGUGCAUAAAAUAAUACAUACUGGAGAGAAGCCCUACAAAUGCGAUCAAUGUGAUAAAGCCUAUUCACAACACUGUAAUCUCCAAAUACAUAAAAGUACACAUACUGGAGAGAAGUCCUAUAAAUGUAAUCAGUGUGGUAAAGCCUUUGUAUAUUAUGGUCAUCUUCAAAGACAUAAAACAACACACACUGGAGAGAAACCUUACAAAUGUAAUCUAUGUGGUAAAGCCUUUGCAUCUCAUCGUUAUGUCCAAGUACAUAAAAGAACACAUACUGGAGAGAAACCCCAUGAAUGUAAUCAAUGUGGUAAAGCAUUUGUAUAUCAUGAUCACCUUCAAAUACAUAAAAGAACACACACUGGAGAGAAACCCUAUGAAUGUAGUCACUGUGGUAAAACCUUUGCAGCUCAACGUUAUCUCCAAGUACAUAAAAGAACACAUACUGGAGAGAAACCCUAUGAAUGUAAUCAAUGUGGCAAAGCUUUUGCAUCUCAUAGCUAUCUCCAAGUACAUAAAAGAACACAUACUGGAGAGAAACCCUAUGAAUGUAAUCAGUGUGGCAAAGCUUUUGCAUAUCCUGGUUAUCUCCAAGUACAUAAAAGAGCACAUACUGGAGAGAAACCCUAUGAAUGCAAUCAAUGUGGUAAAGCCUUUGCAGGUCAAAACGUUCUUAAACGACAUGAAAAAAUUCAUACUGGAGAGAAACCUUACAUAUGUAAUGAAUGUGGUAAAGCCUUUGUGUGUAACACUAGUCUCCAAAUACAUAAAGCAACACAUACUGGAGUGAAGCCUUAUGAAUGUAAGCAAUGUAGUAAAUCCUUUGCCUCUCAUGGUCAACUUCAAAGUCAUGAAAUAAUUCAUACUGGAGAGAAACCCUACAAAUGUAAUGGAUGUGAUAAAGCCUAUUCACGACACAGUCAUCUCCAAAGACAUAAAAGAACACAUACUAUGAAUGUAACCAAUGUGAUAGAGCCUUUACAGGUCACAGUGAUCUUCAAAGGUGUGGUAGUUUGAAUAUUCUUGGCCCAUGGCAAGUGGCACUAUUAGGAGUUGUGGCCUUGCCGGGCAGU